AAGAGCGAACAACAACGCUCUGGAAAAAAAUUAAUUAAAAAUACAAACAAGUACAAAUAAUACUUAAAAAUAUUUUUAUAAAAUUCUAGAAAGUCUACAGAAUUGAUAUCGAUGAUAAAAACAUUAGUGUUUCUAAUGAAAAUUCGUAUAAUAAAUCCAAAGUGUUGAUAAUCAAUAUUCAUGUGGGGUUUCCGUUUGAAACAGAAUAUGGCAGCAGCUAUUUCGCCGGAAUUGACUACCAUGAACAGGGAUGAAAGGUUAAAAUCUUUGGACGCAAAUCGAUAUGCCACCAAAAAAACGAUUGCCCAAGGGAUGUUGGACAUCGCCCUUCUGACUGCCAAUGCAAGUCAACUCAAAUAUAUUUUACAAGUUGGGGAAAAACACGAAUUUUACACCCUUAUGUUGACUUUGAUCUCCAUUUCCAUAAUUCUACAGUGUCUGCAAGGGAUAGCUUGUGUAAUUUUAGGUUCGGCCCUGGACAUAAAUAAAUUGCAGCAACAGGACAGGGCCAAUUUAGGGAAUAAUAUUUGUCUGUCCCUAAAUAUUGUAACAGUCGUAAUAAACGUUAUUUUGAGUGCUUUUGAUAUGAAAUACGAUUCUAUAAGAUCUAUGAAUAAUGUUUCGGAUUUUAGAAAUUUUACUUCAUCAUAG